ACGAUGGCCUCCUCGUCGAACGGAAGUGGUAAUCUGGUGGAUGAGCUCGAGGAAGCGUUUCAGUCUUGUAUACACGCACUCACGAAGGAAGAAUCGGCCACCGGGAUCGACAAAGAUGAAAUUAAGGUGGAGGUCGAUCAGACGACGCUCAAGUUCAUUGAUCUGGCCCGCCAGAUGGAAGCCUUCUUUCUGCAGAAACGGUUCCUGCUCUCGGCACUGAAACCGGACCUGCUGCUGAAGGAGGAAAACUUUGACCUCAAGCAAGAGAUUGCCCGGAAAGACGAGCUGAUAAGGAAACACUAUGAGAAAAUUGAAACCUGGAAACAGCUACUGUCGGAUCAGCAGAACUUCAACAAACCGAUACAAUCGUUACCGCCCGAAAUGCGUGGGAAUCUUGCGGGCGGUGGUGCGCCUGGUGGUGGACCUGGCGCAAUAAUGCCGGGCGGUGGCAUGGGUCUUCCGAUGCAGAACAUGUCCCAGGUGCAACAGAUGCAAAACCAGCAUCAACAGCAGCAACAGAUGCAGCAAUUGCAGGCACAGCAGCAACAGAUGCAACAGCAAAUGCAGCAAUCGUUACCAAUGGGUGCCGGCAAUGCACAGCUCUUCCAGCAGGGUGGUGUACCACGGGGCGUAGGGCAAGGAGGUGGCCCCGGGCCCGGGUUUCCUCCCGGUGCGGGGCCUAAUCUUCAGGGACCGCUGGCGUAUCUGGAGAAAACGGCUAGCAAUAUAGAUCUAGUGGGCAUGGGCGAUGGUCGAAGGUGACGCGGGCGGGGCAGGGGUCGCGGUAGAGGUCGUGGCCGUGGCAGAGGUCGGGGUCGUGGGUCCGUCUCAGCAGAGUUUCACGGUGGUCCCCUAACCUGAGGCUGGGAAGCGGGGUGGAAGUCACCCCUGCGGCAGGCGUUACGCUGCUUAGCGCUCCACCUCGUUCUCUAUCCGUUAUUGCAAGGUUACUAGGUACACGGGUGCAGCCGGUAUAGCGGCCUCCAUUUGCAGAAGAGCGAAAGCCAUAGUCCAACCCUAAGCGGAAUUCCAACCCACAAGAGACUACAGUAAAAAUGCAGUAAAAAGGAAACUUUAUUGAAAAUUCUUUAAGGAAGUACAGUGGUAGAACACCAUCAUCCCUGCCCUGCCAAACUUUACGUCACGGUCCCCACAUUCGAUCACUUGCACACCAACUCAUACACACGCGCACAACGGCCCCACAUGCACGAACCUGGAACCUACUACUCGUUGUGUAUAACGCUUGCCCAUUUCCUUGCCCUGCGAGAAUUGAGACUGCGGCGAGCAUCGAUCAUCACUCGAUCCCCUUCCCCCAGCAUCCAGCAUCGCUGAGUUUGCAUUUUUAUAUAUUAGGUUUUUCUCUACUCAUUCUUCUCCUUCUACUGCUUAUUAGUAUCUCUAUCAAGUGUAUAAAUUGUUCUAAAGUCCGUAGAUGAAGAACAGAAAUCGCGCCAACUUAAGGCACGUGCGUGACGUCCACCGUAGAAAUGCAACCGCGGCGAACGCGCGGUGUUUCGGUUUCGUCGUGAAAAUGUAAAAUGUGUGCUCGCUACUCCCGCUAUCCUCCGCACGCUCCAGUGGCAGACGAGUGUAUCCGCUAUUUCAUCCCCUUUUCCACUCACAACCCUUUCAACCUCUCUUUCAGCAUUCGUCCCAUAGGACGCACCCCUUCUCUCCCUUUUUAGAAAACCUUCUCCUCCCCUCUAGGCCCUCCUGGCUUUCGGUCUGAAGAGCGAAAACGAGAGUUCGAACCAAGAGUGUACUGCUUUUAACUAGAUGAAUGAACCAAUUUGGACGAAAGGAAAAGGUCAAUAAAUAUAUCUCGAUUGAGACAGAAA